AGCCAUCCGAGUCACUCCAUGUGAGUAGUCCUUCGGAUGCUCUCGUACUGUACGCCGGGCGUGUUUAUUUUUAUUAUUAUUUAGUGGCUUAUUCUUAAGUUUUUUGAUUAUUUUUUUUAAAAAUUUUAUAUCGGCAUUGGCGUUCAUUAUUUUUGUAAAUCGUUUCUGCGUGCGUGCGUGCGUGUAUGUGUAUGUGUGUGUGUGCUUUUGAGUGUGUGUGUGUGUGUGUUUAAAAUAUUUUCGUGAUUAGUAAUUAUUAUUAUUUUUAUAUUUGACGGACGGAAAAAUUACGAAAUACCCGAUGUACAGCAGAAUAUCCGCAUCUUUGUUGCUCAAGUGGUGGGCCCAGUCGUUGUGAUCGAGAUCUAUUUGGCGAGAUUUAAUAAUAAAAAGAAUCCAACAUGGGCUGUUUUUGUACCAGCGCCCGAACACACCACUGCAAAAUCGUAUUUCUCGAUGAUCAAGAACUCGUGCAUGAAGUUCAGGGUUCGAGUUUGGGUCAAGAAGUUUUUGAUGUGGUUGUAAGACAUUUAAGCCUUCUCGAAACAGCUUACUUUGGGCUUCGUUAUUUGGAUUCUCAAAAUCAAACCCACUGGUUGGAUCUGUCCAAGAAAAUGAACAAACAGAUGAAGGGUAACGAGAACUUCACCUUUUACUUCGGUGUGAAAUUUUACGCCGCCGAUCCGUGUAAGCUGGUCGAAGAAAUCACCAGGUAUCAGUUUUUCCUGCAGCUCAAACAGGACAUAUUGCAAGGACGCGUACCCGUCACCCAAGAACUGAUGUCCGAGCUAGGAGCGUACGUCGUGCAAUCUGAACUAGGAGAUUUCGAUCCUAGACGACACACCCUCGGGUACGUGUCUGAAUUCCGGUUCGUGUCCAAUCAGAACGCAGAGCUCGAGAACCGAAUCGGAGAAAUACACAAAGAACUCACGGGUCAAGUGCCUGCAGUUGCCGAGCUGAAUUUCUUGGAUAAAGUCAAGUGGCUGGACAUGUACGGCGUCGAUCUUCACCCAGUACUGGGCGAAGACAACGUCGAAUAUUAUUUGGGUUUGACGCCAACCGGAGUGAUUGUGCUCCGAAACAAAAACAUCGUCGCAAACUAUUACUGGCCCAGAAUCACUAAGAUCUUCAGCAAAGGAAAAUAUUUCAUGCUCAGAGUGUGCGACAAAAACAACGACGAGAACACUUACGGGUUUGAAACACCCUCGAGGCCGGCUUGUAAACAUCUGUACAAGUGCAGCAUGGAACAUCAUUCAUUCUUCAGACUUGUCCAAGUGUCGCCCAACCCCCCGGACGUCAUAAGCACUCGAUUUAGCAGCGGUCGGGCGGAUAAGUCGUCAGUGAGGAGCUCGCAGAUGAGCAACCGGACGCCACCGUCAUUUACAAGGACACCUAGUCGCCGCUAUCAGAGGAGGAUCGUCGAAGGAGCCAACGAUAAUCAAACUUUCGGAGAUGAGUACAAGACCAGAGACGAACUGAUGCUGUUGUCGUCAUCGUCGUCGUUGAAAACGCAAGACAAGCUGAAAAACUGUUCCAACCCUCAACUUCCCGUCCACACCAUGUACGUGCCGAACCGGAGCGAUUCGCCAAGGAGCACCAGAAGUGCACCGUGGGGCGUGUGGUCGAGCGCUCCUACCCGAGGCCUGUACUCGAGCAGCUCGCCGAGGAGCGUCCGAUCCGGUCCGCAUCAGAUCAUGCGCCACGCCCGCCGGUCAUCCAGCGUGGACAGCCAGAGCUCCAACGACUCGAGAUCGUGUCGAAAGCACAGACACCGCAACAAUAGACGGUCCUCGGAUAACGAGAGCGAACAGUCGGGCCGGUCUGGCAAAUCGCACCGGAAGCACAGGCACCGGAGCCGGAAGUCGUCUGAGGGCGACGACCACGAGCACAGGCGGCACAGGUAUCAGCUUGUGGAGUCGGAGGGACAGUGGCGGGAAGUGCAGCGGAGGCAGGCCGAGGGCAGGUCAGCUAUACAAAAGGCGUCGGUGGUUCGGCCCCGGUCGGGCUACGCGAACAGCGGGCUGGAAUCCGAGAGCGAGAUUUCUCACCAUUCGUCGUCGUACCGGAGACGGAAACACCGGAAACACAGGUCGCGGUCCAGGUCACCGUCGGAGAGCAGCAGCAAGACACGUCUCCCGGAGGAGCUCAAAAAGCAUUUGGAGUUUGAACUGGUCGAAACGGACGGCAUGACCGAGGAACAGCUGCGAGAAAUACCGUACACGGCGGUGAAGACAUCCCUGAAGACCAAUAACUCGUCGCCUCCCCUGUCGUCCAAACGGAAAACCCAUUCGUCUCGGAGAGCCAAAAGUUGUUCGCUAAAAGACUCGACAGUGCCGAAAGCCGGCGACAGUCCUCCGCCGCCGUAUAGCGAAGGCCCGGCCGAUAAAUGCUCCGCCGCCGCCGCCGCCGCCGCCGUCUCCAUGCCCAGUUCGAAAAGCGCAAAUCAGUUACCAAGGACGCAGCUACCCAACCAAAGUGGACCGACGACGACGAGGACGUCUGCUGACCCAAAUUACAGGGCCACUUGCUCCGCGCUGUACGCCAACCCGUCGGCGUUGCAUGUGGGCUCGGCGAACAGCUAUCAUCAUUCUAGUCACGACCAACGGAACCUUAUGAACCAUUCCCGGUGGUUACACGAUCUCGAGCAGAAAGACAACGCGCACAACAGGAGGACAGAAAACAUGAUGCGAGACUUCCCUUACAAUUCAGCCAGGUCUUCAGCAAAUGGGAACAGCGCCGAACGACCCUCUACGAACGCGGCCAACUCGACACCAUCACCGUGGUCUAGUCAAGAAAUUCGCGGCACAUUGGGUGGCAGUGUCGUUCCGUGGCAGUGCGUCCCGGACCGCGUAUAUCCGGUUAGCGGUUACGGCCCGCCCAAAAAUAUCAACCAGGCAGCGUACCAGAACCGGAGCAACAACAAUCCGGAAACGUGCACGACGUCAGCUUCGGUCGACACAAAUCGGAACAGUGCGAUGAUCGCAAUGACGACGACAACCGACGACGCCAAGUCCACAGCCGCUACAACUUCGGCUGCGGUGGGGCAGUCGAUCAAGUCCAGCAAGUCUUUCGAGAGCGGCGUGCUAGGGCAACACGCCAACACACCCAACGGCGUCAUACCAUGGCCGGGUGACAGAGGAAAACCCAGACCGUCGCACCAGUGGGACCACCAUAACGGUACGUCGUCAUCGUCGUCACCACAUCACCACCUCCAUCAUCAGCAGCAGCAGCACCACCAUCAACAACAGCAGAACCAACAACAACAGCACCAACAGCAACAAAAUCACACACAACAACAGCACAAUGGGUCGUCCUCAUACGGGGUCGGCGGCGGUGGUGGUGCUGAUAUCUUGUACCUAGGCAACAGGUCCUCGGGGGUGCGCACUUCUUCUAGGGGUGGUCCGACGUACUUUUCGCCACAACACAAUCACGUGGAUAGACUGUCGAACUCCGAACUGAGGUCGUCAGCCAGCCUAGAGGAGAUUCUUUCGCCGAUCCUGCAGAGCAAACUGACCACGUAAUUCUCGCGGGGACGCAAACCAUAUGGCGGUGAGUCGAUACGAUUUAUAUAUUACCAUCGUAAUAUGAAUUGCAAUCGAUCGAUCGAUUGACGAGAGGAAAUCGAUUACGGCCGCGACUUGGACGACGACGAGUGAAACACGCUGCGCCGGCUACUUUUUAUGUGUACAUAAUAUAUAAUUUAUCAUUUAUCAUAAUUUUUCAUUUAGAUGACGCGAGCACGCACGCACGCAUGCAUAAGCCAUAUUAUAUUACAUUUAUAUUAUACGAACGUGUAUAGUGUAAAAAGAAAACGAUUUAUCUCAUCACUACGUAUAUACCUACUGUACGCAUAUACAUUAUACAUAUAUAUAUAUAUAUAUAUAAUCUACACAUAUUAUAGGGAAACCUUUUCGAGAAUAUAAUAUUAUGUCUGUAUACACGAGCGCGAGUUUUCUUCUUCACCGUUUUUAUUAUUAUUAUUACUAUUAUUUAUUCUUUUCACUUUUGAGAGAAACCGUCAAAGGGCGUCGAUAAGUCUGAGUUUUUAUUAAAUAUUUUUAUUUUUUUUUUAUGAUCUCUAUUUUCUUAUCCUACCCUUUUUUUUUCUUGAUACUCUGGUCGUUUUCUCUCGUUUCCCACUCAUAUUAUAUAAUAUAUUAUUAUUAUUAUUAUUAUUAUUAUUGUAAUCGUUUAUCGUGCCUCCGUCGCGCUCGUCGGGUUAAUAAAAGUAUAGUAUACCAAAGCUCAAUAUUAUGAUCAACACAUGUGUUCCGCGCAUAUUAUUAUAUAUAUACAUUAUUAUUAAUAUAAAUUAUUAUUACUACCUAUUAUUAGUUGUGUAAGACGCGUGUCUUGUAAGUACAUUUAAUAUAAUUUAAUGACAAUGUGUACAUUAUUUUUUUUUUUUAUAUUACAUAAUAUUAUUAUUAUUACCUAUCAUAUUGUAUAUUAUUAUAUUGAUAAACUGUGUGUUUUCACGCGUGAGGCAGUAGGUACCUCUCUAUUCAUUUUUGUUCAUUAACAUUUUGUUUUCGAAAUUAAAAACAAUUAUCUAAUAACAUAUUAUAAUAUUAUAUCAUAUAAUAUAUUGUACAAAUACGAG